AUGUCAGACGACAAGCCCGACGCCGCACCGGCACCGGCAGCAGAGGUUUCUCCUCCCGCCGCUGUCGUCGAGGACGCCAAGCCCGCUACCGAAUCGGACACGUCCGCUGCCCAAGUCGACGCCAAGACCGAAGCAGCCGAACCUGCCGCGACGACUGAGGCUCCGGCUUCACCAGCGAAACCAGCGACGCCGGACGAGUUCGUCGAUGCGACUGACGCUCCGGCUGCUGACGCGCCUGCUACCGACUCUGCUACUACUACUGCUGCUGCUGUCCCCUCAACGCCUCCGAAACCGCCGACCGCGCUGCCGAGCAGGAACGGAGAGCACGCCGAGGACAAGGGCGCGGGCACGGUCGAGCUCGGCUCGCCCAUUGCUGAGAUCAAGGAGAAGAGGAAACCGACGGCGCUCCAGCUCGAUGAUGUGCAUGCUCCCCCGAGGAGCUCCAUUGAGGUGUCCGCAGCGUCCGUCGCGUCGCAUGCUGUCUCGCGUUCUCGUGCGUCCUCCCGCGCAUCGCUGCAGAAGCGGCCGUGGACGCCAUCCCUUGAGCAUCCCCCCGACUCGCCCACGUCCUCGCUCAUCUCGUCACUGCGCCAGCAGCUCGAGCUGCUCUCGGACCAGGCGACGCUGCUCAACUCCAAGCUCGUGGACAGUAUCUCGAAGCACGCCGAUCUGGAGGACACGAUCUUCGGCCUGCAGUCGGAGAAGGAGCAGCAGCUGCGGCAGAUCGACGAGCUGGAGAAGGCCAAGGCGCAGUGGGAGGAGAGCAUGAACACCGGUCUGCUCGUCGAGCGGUCUCAGAUCAGGGACGAGAUGCAACGUCUGGCCGCCGGACUCGUCGAGGAGGAAAAGAGGCGAGGCACAGAGGAGGAGAGGCGGCAGCAGGUCGAGAGCGAGGUGGACCAGCUGACGGCGUCGCUGUUUGACCAGGCCGAGGAGCGUGAGCGCGUCACGGUCGAGAAUCUCGCCGCCGCCGAGGCCGCGAUCAAGGAUAUGCAGGCACACCUGCAGAGUCUGGAGGGAGCGGCAUCAGCAGGCGCCGGACCAGUGCACCAGCCUCUGCCGCGGCGAUACCUCUCGAGCCACCCGCCCUAUGCCGAGUUCCUCUCUUUGUUGUCGCACCUGCGCGCCCUGAGGCCGCGCACCCAACGCGCGCGAGAACUGUACGCUGCGCCCCUCGUCCCCAAUCUCCUGGCCCAGCCGUUCCUCGCCCGCGCCAUCGCAGAGGACCACGAACCGACGCUCCGCCUCGAUGCAGCGCCGGAACUCUCCUGGCUCUCCCGGCGCAACGUCGGAUCUGCCAUUAUUGCGGGCGAGUUACUCAUCGAGCCUGCGCCGGCGGCGUCCUUUGGACCACUGGACAGCAUCAACUGCGCCAUGUGCGGCACAGGCGUGUUCAGCCGCAGCGCCCAGCCCACGUCCCGCUUCAGCCUCAAGCCGUUCUUCGGCAGCAGCUCCACUGGCUCGGCGCACUCUCCGACCAGCGCGCAGGUGUACGCCUUCCGCACGACCGAGGCGGAUGCCAAGGCGUACCCCCUGUGCAAGAACGGGUGGUGUCUCGAGCGCUUGCGCAGUGCGUGUGCCUUGUGGCAUUUCGUGCGGACGGGUAUUGUCGCGCCAGUCUGGGCGGGCGAGGACGGCACGGACGAGUCUUCCGUGUCGCUGCACCCUCCCUCCCCCUCGCCCGCGCACACCCAAACCUCCCACCACCAGCAGACCAUCACAGUGACAGCGGACGAUCUCCUAGGCGAGCACCCGCGGAUAGGCCGCUCGGUGUCCCAGCCCGCCCCCGCCAAACCGGCCAACACGCCCCCAGCGACGGAGAAGAAGAGCGGCUGGGGCAUAGGCGGGUUCAAGAUGGGCUGGAGCAGUCGUCCGCAGACUCCCAGCGCGCCCAGCGUAUCGAGUGAGGUUCGUAAGGAGGACGACUCGGACGGGGCGACGAUGCGCACGGCCAAUUCGGCAGUGCAGACGCCCACGGACGCGGAUUCGACGAGAGCGAUUUAUGAGGGCAAGACGGCCCGCGAGGCGACAGCCGAGCAGGCCGCCGAGGCUGCUUCGGGGGUCGACACGACCGUCAAGGCGGAGGCAGAGGAGCCGGAGACGAAGUCGGAGCUUAGGGCUAAGGACCAGGAGGGCCAGCCUGCCAGCGAGAGCGCACGCAGACCCAGGUCACCUUCCCUCGCGACCACCGACUCGGAGUACUCCUUCACCACGCCCCCGAACGAGCCUAAGGAGCCCAAAGAGACCAACCCUUCGAGUCCAGCCGACGCGGCCGAGGUCGCCGACGCACUGGUCAAGGUGAACCUGGAGGCAGAGCCGAAGCCUGAGGCUGCCGAGGGCGAGGCGACCGAGACCAACACGCCCGCCGAGGCCGCCGAGGCUGCCGAGCCCACCUCCGAAGCCGACACCAAGCCGGAGGCCACCGACGCUGACGCCGAGACAAAGCCCGAGGCCACCGAGGAGAGCAAGACGGAAGGCUCGCCCCCUCCCCGGCCAGAACGCAAGCGUGCGAACGCAAGCGUGCCGCCCCACCUCCCCCCUUGCCUAAGCGCAGCGAGCGCCGCGCCGCCGGCUCCAAUGCUAGCACCCCCACCGCGGGCCAUUUCCCGGGCACGCCGACUGCGCCCGGCCCUCCCUCUGGACCCGGGAGUGCGACGCCGCCGAGCGUCUCCUCGGCGCCGGGGACGCCUGCUGAGCCCACUGCGGCCCCGGCCGCUCAGACUGAGGCUGAGGUCAAGGAGCCUGAGGCCGAGCAGGCUGAGGCCGAGCACGCUGGGGCCAAGCACGCUGAGGUUAAGGAGGCCGAGGUCGAAGGCCGGGGAGCCCGCCGAGGAGCCCACCGAGGAGCCCGCCGAGGAGAAGGCCGAGUGCAAGGCUGAGUCCAAGGAACCUACCGAGCCCACGGCCCCUCUCACGCCGACCACGCCCAAACUCCCCCCUCCCCCGCGGCACUUUGCCGUCACCUCCGCGCACCCGGGCGCAACAGCCACCGCAGCAGCCGAGGCAGCCACCUCGCCGCGCUCCCCGCGCUCGGCCGCUUUCGCAUCCAACGAGCGUAACGAGCGUCGGGCGUCCGCCGCGCUGUCUCCCAGCACUUCGCCUCGGGCCUCGACAUCUCUCUCGCGGUCCAACUCGACGACGGCGCCGAGCGCGCCGAGCCUCCCGCCACGAGUCAACGUCAGGCAUGCGAGUAACCCGGCGUCUACCGGUGGAGCAGGGAAGGAGGAGAGCGGGCCGAGGGAGAAGACGUUCCUCGUCGGCGAGGAAUGGGAGGUGCGGUGUUGGAAGCAGAUCAUACGGCUUAAGGAGGAUAUGUGGCGCGCGAGGGUUGGCGUUGUGGAUGACCAGUAA